AUACGUCACUUUUUGAGCCAGGAAGCAAAAACCAGAGCAAACAUAAGAGCUUAACAAACAAUGAGUCAGCAAUCAAAACUCUUUCGCUUGAUUAAUCUAUAAAGGAUGCAUCUUUCUUCGGACAGAACAUAGCGGCGGCUGUCGAAGUUGCUUGAAGACACUGAGAAACAAGGGUUCUAGGUGGAAAGUUUAACAUCUUUUUAUAUAAUAAAACAAUUGACGAUAAUGCCCACGCGAAACAGAGCUCAGAAACCUCUGUUCUUCUCCUCCUACUACUUCCAAUGUUAGACAAAUGCAUAACUCUCUUGCAAAGCUACGGCCUUUCAUCGCUCAAGAAACUCAAACAAGUCCACGCCUUUUCAAUCCGCCACGGUGUCUCAAUCACCAACCCCGAGAUGGGUAAACACCUCGUGUUCUACCUCGUCUCUCUCCCUCCUCCACCUCCACCUCCCAUGUCCUACGCCCGAAAGAUCUUCUCCGCGAUAGAGAAACCCAUCAACGUCUUUAUCUGGAACACGUUGAUCAGAGGCUACAACGAGACUGGCGACUCCGUCUCUGCUCUUUCUCUCUACAGAGAGAUGCGAGUCUCUGGUUUCGUCGAGCCGGAUACUCACACUUACCCGUUUCUUCUCAAGGCCGUGGCGAAGAUGGCGGAUGUUCGGUUGGGAGAGACGAUUCAUUCGGUUGUGAUACGAAGUGGGUUUGGUUCGUUGAUCUUCGCUCAGAACUCUCUGCUUCAUUUGUACUCUAACUGUGGUGAUGUUGGUAAUGCGUAUAAGGUGUUCGAUGAAAUGCCUGUGAAGGAUCUCGUCGCUUGGAACUCUGUGAUUAAUGGGUUUGCGGAAAACGGUAAACCGAACGAGGCGUUGGGCCUGUAUAGUGAGAUGGGUUCUAAGGGGAUUAAGCCUGAUGGGUUCACUAUUGUUGGUUUGUUGUCUGCUUGUGCAAAGAUUGGUGCUUUGGCGUUGGGUAAGAGAGUUCAUGUCUAUAUGAUCAAAGUGGGUUUGACAGGAAACUUACAUUCCAACAAUGUGCUUUUGGACUUCUACUCGAGAUGUGGGAGAGUUGCAGAAGCCAGAACGCUUUUUAGUGAGAUGGUGGACAAGAACAGUGUCUCUUGGACUUCAUUGAUCGUUGGUUUAGCUGUUAACGGUUUCGGAAAAGAAGCCAUUGAGCUUUUCAAGGAUAUGGAGUCAAAGGAAGGGUUGUUACCGUGUGAGAUCACCUUCGUGGGGAUCUUAUACGCUUGUAGCCAUUGCGGGAUGGUGGAUGAAGGUUUUGAGUAUUUCAGGAGAAUGAGAGAGGAGUACAAGAUCGAGCCUAGGAUCGAACAUUUUGGUUGUAUGGUCGAUCUGUUAGCUAGAGCUGGAGAAGUUAAGAAAGCGUAUGAAUACAUUACAAAAAUGCCAAUGCAGCCGAAUGUUGUUAUAUGGAGAACAUUGUUAGGAGCUUGCACUGUUCAUGGUGAUUCUGAUUUAGCAGAGUUGGCUAGAAUCAAGAUCUUACAGCUAGAACCAAACCACAGCGGAGACUACGUCCUCUUGUCGAAUAUGUAUGCGUCCGAGCAGCGUUGGUCCGACGUGCAGAAGAUAAGGAGACAGAUGUUAGAAGACGGUGUAAGAAAAGUUCCCGGUCACAGCUUAGUAGAAGUAGGAAACAGAGUUCAUGAGUUUCUGAUGGGAGAUAAGUCUCAUCCACAAAGCGAGUUGAUAUACGCUAAGCUCAAGGAGAUGAGUGAUAGGCUGAGACUAGAAGGUUACGUGCCGCAGAUAGCUAACGUUUACGUUGAUGUUGAGGAGGAAGAGAAGGAAAGCGCUCUUGUGUAUCACAGUGAGAAGAUUGCUAUUGCGUUCAUGCUUAUUAGUACACCGGAGAGGUCACCGAUUAGGGUGGUGAAGAAUCUUAGAGUUUGUGCGGAUUGUCAUAUGGCGAUUAAGCUUGUGUCUAAGGUUUAUGGUCGAGAGAUUGUUGUGAGAGAUCGUAGCAGGUUUCAUCAUUUUAAAGAUGGUUCUUGUUCUUGUCGAGACUACUGGUAAUGUAGAAAAUAAAAUGAUAUGUUUUCAACGCAAA